GACCAUUUUUACCCUUUAAAAAAAAUUAAAAAAGGAAAAUGUUUGAAAGAGAAAAUAAAUAAAAUUAAUUUAUAAACUAAAAUUGUAGAGCAGUCACCAAACAAUUCUCUUUGCUUUGUUUUCUCUUCUCCUUGGCGAUCUGGGACUCAUCUGAUGCAGUUUUGAGCUCAAUUAGAUCGGUUCAGGGGGAUAAUUCUUUCCAGUAUCAAAGGUACAAAAUGGACCAUGAUGAGACAGGAUGCCAAGCUCCUCCUGAACGCCCAAUUUUGUGCAUUAACAACUGUGGCUUCUUUGGAAGUGCAGCCACAAUGAAUAUGUGCUCCAAGUGUCACAAGGAUUUGCUGGUGAAACAGGAGCAGGCUAAACCCACCGUGUCACCUGCAGCAAAUAUUUUGACUGUACCGUCAAGCAGCAAUUUGGAACAGCCUAUCAUAUCUGAAACUGUUGAUGUUCAACCCAUUGUAGUGGAGACAAAGGCCAUCUCUGUGCAGCCAUCCUGUGCUUUAGGAUCGGGGGGAAGUGUCGAGGAAAAGCCAAAGGAGGGUCCUAACCGCUGCACUGCUUGCAAUAAGCGGGUUGGUUUAACAGGGUUCAAGUGUCGGUGCGGUAACUUUUUCUGUGCUUCUCACCGCUAUUCGGACAAGCAUAACUGUCAAUUUGAUUACCGAAAUGCUGCCCGUGAGGCUAUAGCUAGAGCCAACCCUGUCGUCAGGGCAGAGAAGCUCGACAAGAUAUAAAUCUGAUGGAUUAAGAUUCUAUCUACCGAAAAAUUUGAUGAUCAUCUCGUCUUUAAGGCUUCUGCGUCGGCCAAGUAGCUAUCAGGUGUCCUUUUGUAUUGCUGUGUACUGAGAGGAAGCAAGACAACAUAGGACAUCUCUGCAAUAUGAUCUGUAUAUCUUGUGAUUGGCAAGAAAUUUAUAUGUUGGCUCCAGUGUCUUAAGUCUUAAAUGUGUACUGGUUUGAUGGACUUUUGUCUUGGUUAGGUUUGUAAUGUGUCAACCUGUUUGAUAUGGCGUUUCUGUGGUAGUACACCAAAAGGUGGCUUGUGCAAUUUCUACAUCAUAUAUGGAAGUCAUCCAUGAACGCUCAUAUGCGUAGCUUUGUAAAUUUUAAUUAUGGCUUUCAUGGCAUUAAAUCUGGUGUCACUCAA